AUGGCAAGAUUCAUAUCGAAGACCGUACUGGUAAUAUCUGAGAUCAUAAAUUUAAGAGCGACUGGUGAAAUAUCAAGUGUGUCACAAAACCCUCAAGCAUGGAUAUUGAAUGGACUGUCUCGAAUCCGCAUCCCGCAAGUCGAGUUCAUUAUCAAAGGGACCCAUGCAGAAAUCCGGGCGAUCGCGGUUGAAUGGAGCCCCCAAAUUCGCCGCGGCACAAUGGGAUCCAUUGAAAUGCCCGCGAACAAUUCGGAGUUUUCAUUAUUCGGAGUCCUAACGCCGCGCAUCCCGGGAGCUAAUUAUGCGCGAGGGUACACUGAAAAAUGUGUCCCGUGGCUCAUGAAUAUUCUAUGUCGCGGGGCGCACGAAGAUAUUGUCCGCUCGCGCGAUAUUUAUGCGACAUCAAAAAUG